AUGGUUACCAAACAGCAAUAUCAAAGCGGACAAUAUGUUGCAGCCGCAAGUCCAAAGUACCAACAGACUACCAGAGAACCUCAACCUACAAACAACGUGUAUGUUGAGGGUAGAGAAGAUAUCGAAAGUCGAGAUGGGACGACAGCCUUGAUGGCAAGCGAUCACUCUACUAUUCGAACAAGAGAUGACAUUUCACUCCCCAUUCGUCACACUCCCGGUAAUCUUCCAGGCUGGGCCCCAGCCUUGGCCGCACAGAAGCCGCCAGUUGUGAUCGAAGCCACUGCUGCCCGUGGGUCCUCGCAGAAGACACCACGAAGAAAUGCUGAACCCAUGGAUUUCAUGCAGAGCGACAACUCUUUUCAAAUUGUCGCUAGUCUGAUUGUAGACAAAUUCGAAGAAGCUCUCAAGAACAGAGCAGAUCACAUCAUUGUUACCCAGGACAUGAAGGAUGAAAUCGAACGUGUCAUGCCAGAAGAUGCCAAAGAGAAUUUUGUGGCUGCCCUUCGAUUCCGUCUUGCGGAAGCGCCCGAAUUUUCCAGACUCCCAAUGCACACCGUGACCCGAAACUGCCACAAGCUUGGUAUGACUCGAUUGGAUGAGCAAAACAUUCUUUUCGCUCCAAUUGGAACCACCAUUAAGCUCGAUAUUCCACCAGAUACAACAAAAAGCACGGCUUCCGUUCGCAGCUCUCGCAGCACUCGCAGCACUCCUCGUGGUGUUGACAACAGUGACGUCAGGAGUGUUACGUCUCGUGCAACUACUGCAGUUGAAGAAGAGAGUCCUGAAAGCAUGGCCAGACAACAACUCUUGGCCGAACUUCAAGAGGCAUCCGCUUUAAUGGCAGAAUCUGUGACACCAGAAGCGGCUCAAUUCUGGAAGAAGCAAGUUGUUGAGCUCCAAAACAAGUUGAAGGCACUGCAACAAUCUGAGGCAGAAGAAAGAAGUGUUGCUUCCAAGAGCGUCCAUACAGCUAACACUGCUAAUACUGCACAGCUCUUGAAGGAGAACGAACGCCUCAUUGCAAGCUUGAAACAAGGAAAGGGAUAUGUCGAACCAACAAUGGCAGACUACGUCCCGCCAUUCACUCCCACUGGUCAUAUUUCGGAAACACCCAAGGUUAACCCAAACACUUUUCCUACAGUCGAAGUUGUUGCCCCAGCUGAUCUUCCAGGGGGCUACAUGUUCGAAGCUGAGAUUCAUAACAAGCGUUUCUUGGCAACUGUACCUGACGGUGGUGUCAAGAGUGGCCAAACAUUCACAAGUACCAUGCAGGAUAUCAAGAAAAAGACUGUUGGAAUUCCUUCCGGAAGAUGGCGUGAUGGCCUUAUGGAUAUCUUCAAGCACGGCAAGACCCAUCCAUUGGUUGUAUACUCCUUCUUGUGCCCUCCUAUUGCCUUGGCUCAAAUCAUGACCCGAAUGGGAUUUGACUUCCGAGGUAAACCAGCAAACGUCCCUGAGAAGGGAUUUUACUCCACCUGGGGAACCAUUCUCUCCAUUUUGUUCAUGUGGGGCUUCACAAAUUACAUUGUUCUUGACCAGCUGUCCGCAAAGGCUGCCACUGGAGCUGUUCUAUCAUUCUUCGAUAGUUUCUCUCUGUAUGUUGUGAAUGGUGGACUGAUUGCCUACGUUGUUUACGCAACUGCCAACUGUAGAGCGAGUAUUCGCGAGUACUCUGGAAUCGAAGAAAACCCUCUUUAUGUGGGUCCCCGCAAAUUCACCCGGGGUCAGGACUACCUCUUGUCAGCCUUUGCCAUGCCAUUUGUGAUUGCCCAAAUGGGAAGACACACAGCGUCAUAUGACAACUUUGAGGGAUCCUUUUGCUCUCAUCACGGCCUUUCUAGAAAGAUGUCAGUUGCAGAUGUGCUGACUUGCAACAAUCCCACGAUGCUCGGUUGCGACAAUCCCUACACAGAAAUCGGGGCCGUUGUAUAG